AUGGAUGAUGUUAAUACUUCUAAUGCUAAAAGAAAACGUACAGUUGAUAUAGUCGUCGAUUCACCAAACAACUUAGAUUUAGAGUCAUAUAUUUCUAAUUAUAAAGGACACACCAAGGUUGAUCGGUUGCUCUUUAUAGCAAAACGUUGUCCUCAACUUCAAAUUGAUGCAUAUAAACUUGCUUUACAAGAAUUACGUGAUAAUUCUUUAGAUCACACUCGAUAUGUCGCAGCUGCUAAUAAACUUAAUGAAGUUUUAGCAGCUCAAGGGUAUCCUUCAUACUCAAUUGAUUCAAAUUGGGUGGAUUCAACUCAGAAACGUGCAAAGGCUUUAUUAGAAAGAUUAGAGGUGGAAUUAAAGAAUUAUAAAAAUAAUUUGAUAAAGGAAAGCAUAAGAAUGGGUCAUAACGAUCUUGGUGAUCAUUAUUAUAAUUGGGGAAAUUUGACGAAUGCAUUGAAAUGUUAUUCUAGAACUAGAGAUUACUGUACAACUGCAAAACAUGUUAUAGAAAUGUGUUUGAAUGUCAUUAAGGUUUCUAUUGAAUUAGGUAAUUUCUCGCACGUACACAGCUAUGUUAUAAAAGCAGAAUCUACACCAGAUAUUCAACCACUUGUUCAAGCUAAACUUAAAGUAGCCGCUGCAUUGGCUCAUCUUGAUAAUAACAAGUACAAACAAGCUGCUAAUUUAUUCUUGGAAACUAGUUUCGAAAUUGCUCAACCUCAAAGUCAAUACUCUGAGGUAAUAUCACCUAAUGAUAUAGCAAUAUAUGGUGCUCUUUGUGCACUCGCUUCAUUUGAUCGUAAACAACUUAAAAAGCAAGUCAUUGAUAACGCUGAAUUUAAACAAUUUCUUGAACUUGAACCAAAUAUUCGAGAACUUAUUUAUGGAUUUUAUAACUCAAAAUAUAAUGCUGUAUUAUCAGGUCUAGAAAAUUAUAAGAAUGACUUUCUGCUUGAUAUUCAUUUGCACAGUCAUGUGGAAACUCUCUAUGAUAAUAUUCGUAAAAAGGCUUUGGUACAAUAUUUUAGUCCCUUCCUUACAGUUGAUAUGAAUAAAAUGGCUGAAUCUUUUGGUACAACAGUUUCAAAAUUGGAAAGGGAACUUGCUAAGCUAAUCACAGAAAAUCUUAUUCAAGCUCGAAUUGAUAGUCAUAAAAAGAUUUUAUGUGCUAAACAACAAGAUCAUCGAAGUAGCAUUUUCCAGAGGUCAUCGAAAAUGGGGGAUGAAUUCGAAUUAAGCACUAACGCGAUGUUACUUCGAAUGAAUUUGUUAAAAGCGAAUCUUGUUGUACAAACGAGUCAAAAGGAAGGUGGAGCUAGACGUCAUAAUUAA